AUAUUUAUACGCUGUAUUUGGGAGUUCAAGUGUUGGGCAUCGGGAUGAUCGGGAUCUGUUGCCUGUGGACUAACAAGUAUUUGGGCGGCUUCUCCCUGUCCACUCCCGAACAGUCAUUCAAUUACCACCCAUUACUGAUGGUCACGGGAAUGGUGUUUCUCAAUGCUAAUGGAAAUCUAUUCUUUAGGACCAGCAGUGGUCUGAAAUAUAAGACACAAAAGUUUCUACACUAUAUAUUACAGGGAUUAACACUCGGAAUAUCAUUAGCGGGCGUUUACGCGGCCUAUAGCUAUCAUACCGUUAAGAAUAUUCCGCACUAUUACUCCCUGCACUCAUGGUUGGGAGGGGGGCUUAUGGCCAUGUAUGCCAUGAAU